AUGAGUUUGUUGGAAACCAAACCCGGAGAUCUGUUCAGUGACUCCGAACGCAAGUCAGUGUAUGAAGAAACCGGCGGAAAACUCACCACCGACCAAGCUAGGUUCCAUUUUGACUUUGAUAAAGAACUUGCGGAGUGUGAGGAACUCGCGAGAGAUGCCAAACAAAACAGAAGUUUCAAAGAAAAGCUUCUUCUGUUGGAAUAUGAGCUCAACUUCAAGAACAAAUCGCACAUGGUUUGGCUUCUUGGAGGAUUUGCAGCCGCCGCAGGAUUACUUUCCGGUCUUGACCAGUCGAUUAUUUCCGGUGCUUCUAUUGGAAUGAGACAAGAAUCCGGUCUUGGUUUGAGCUCGGAUCAGGAAUCGUGGGUUUCCAGUUUAAUGCCUUUGGGUGCCAUGGCUGGUAGUAUUUUGAUGACUCCAUUGAACGAGUAUUUUGGCAGAAAAAUGUCGAUUAUAAUUUCUUGUCUCUGGUAUACUCUUGGAGCCGGUUUAUGUGCUGGAGCCCGAAACUAUCAUAUGAUGUACGCUGGUCGUUUCAUCCUUGGUAUUGGUAUUGGAAUCGAAGGAGGAUGUGUGGGUAUCUAUAUUUCGGAAUCUGUGCCUCCCACGGUGAGAGGAAACAUUGUUUCGAUGUACCAGUUCAAUAUUGCACUUGGUGAGGUACUUGGUUAUGCUGUGGCUGCGAUGUUUUAUCUGGUUCAUGGUGGCUGGAGAUUUAUGGUCGGGUCCUCGUUGGUUUUCUCGACGAUUUUGAUGGUGGGAAUGUUCUUUUUACCGGAAUCGCCUCGGUAUCUCGUUCAUAAAAACCGAAUUGGUGAAGCUUAUAGUGUAUGGAAGCGGCUUCGGGACAUUGACGACGACAAAAACAAGUUGGAAUUUCUCGAAAUGAAGCAGGCAGCACUCCAGGAACAAGAGGCUCGUGCUACCGAGUCCCGAAUGGAAUUGUGGAGCGAUUUGUUCCGGAUUCCCAGAAAUAGAAGAGCACUCGUGUACGCCGUCAUCAUGGUUGGUUUGGGCCAAUUGACCGGAGUCAACGCCGUGAUGUACUACAUGUCCACGUUAAUGGCACGCAUUGGCUUCACCACUAAAAACUCGGUUUUCAUGUCGUUAGUGGGCGGAGGCUCGUUGUUGAUUGGAACCAUUCCUGCCAUUUUGUUCAUGGACAAAUUUGGUCGUCGUGUUUGGGGUCUCAAUAUUAUUGGAUUUUUCAUUGGUUUGGUGUUGGUUGGCGUGGGCUAUCUCAUUGAUUUGAAGACCCAUUUGGCAGCAGCUGAAGGUGUUUACUUGUCGGGAAUCAUUCUUUAUAUGAUGUUCUUUGGAUCUUAUGCUUGUUUAACUUGGGUUUUACCAGCAGAAUCUUUUGACUUGAGAACACGGUCAAUGGGUAUGACCAUCUGCUCCACGUUCUUGUACUUGUGGUCGUUCAUCGUCACCUACAACUUUACAAGAAUGCAAAAUGCAAUGACUUACACCGGACUCACCCUUGGAUUUUAUGGUGGAAUUGCCUUUAUUGGUUUCUUCUACCAAAUUCUCUUUAUGCCAGAAACCAAGGACAAGACGUUGGAGGAGAUCGAUGACAUUUUUUCCAAGCCUUCAAGGCAGCUCGUGAAGGAAAAUAUUGUGGGAAUGAAGAACUACUGGAUGGGAAAGAAAAAUUGA